GUUACAGUGAGGAAAUAAAGCGAUGGAGGACACGGGAAAGGCGCUGCGGUAACCACGGUAACUAGUGGAAAUCUCGCGUGAUGAUCAUGCCUGUAGAGAGGGGUUUAUGCGAGGAAAAGUGGAAAAUCGAAUGAUUGAUGCAUUUGCAAAACGGCAAGUUAGCUAUGUUUCGGUCACAUCUCUCCGAGCAUUACAGCAAAACGUACCAAAAUUGCAGAAUUUUUCUUAGCCGGUCGCAUUUUGCUCCUACGUGCGACGUAUAAAGCCACCCAGGGGGGUUAGUGAUACGGUUGACUCUUCGCUAGCUAAAUCGACUAGCCAUGCUAACGCUAGCUUGUUAGCUUUGUUUACAUCAAGUGCGCGCCUGGAAUCUGUUAACGGAUUUCUGACCCGGCGAAUUCAUGAUCUCGUCAGUCCGUUGUUCAGUUAAACAUCGACGAGGAGACUGGGUUGUAGAGUAGAUUGGCUCUAUGGCUAUCAUCGAUGAUCUCUUAUGCAAAACGUCCGGCUGAUGCAGUAAGCUAAUGUUAGCUACGUAAUGCUAACCUUUUAAUUAUGGGUGAUUUGCUCAUUCGAGUCAGCGUUUGCCCUUAGACUUUGUUGGAGAUGAGUAUAAUUAUAACUCUAAUAGGUCCGAAUUAACAGGAACUGUAACUGUGAUAUGAAAGAGUUCGCUGGUUAAAUGUAAUGACUGCGAACCGGUGAUGCUAACCUUAGGUAGCCACCUGCCAAGCUAGCUAACGUGCGCGUUUAGCGAUAACCGCCUCACCAUGGUCGUUGUUUCAUAUUGUAUAUAUUACUGAUUCAUGAUUAACAUCUCUUUUGCCACACUGGAGUGACUGCUUGUUGCGUCGCUAGACCAAUUUACAUCCCCUCCAUCACCGUGAGGCUAGGCUCUCUUUACGUUGCGACGAGCCGCUGGAUUUUUUUCCUUCCACGGACCGUGUUUCCCUGAGGCUGCGGAGCACAUCGCCAUGAACCCGGUUAAUGCAACCGCUCUCUACGUGUCUGCCAGCCGGGCCGUGCUGCAGUGCGACCCGCGGCAGCCUCAUUCCUUCGCAGAGAUGUACAAACUACUGCCCUUCUUCCGAAAGUCCCUCGCAUGUCUUGUCUGUGGUAAACUGCUUCAGGAUCCGAUUUCUCAGACACAUCCAGAGUGUCAGCAUUAUGUCUGCUUGGGCUGUAAAGGCCAGAAAAUGCAGAUAAGGCCAUCAUGCAGCCGUUGUAAGGACCACUCCUCCUUCCAGGAGAACAAACAGCUCUCUUUACUGGUGCAGUGUUACAGGAAGCUCUGCUUCUAUGUAAUUCAUUCACCGUUGCUGUCGUGUGUCAGCAACCAUGUAGGAGGGUCUCCAGAGGUAAUGGCUUUGCUAGAAGAGGUGCUAUUGUCGCAAAAAGACGAGAUGGAAGACCCAAGUCUAAUGCACGAAGAUGUGAAUCCCUCAGCUCCUGAGUCCCUUACGCCCACAGAGGCACCACCUGCUCCUGCAGAGCUCUCAGCUGUACCUCAGAGCUCUUCCUCUAAUCCUCCCUGUUUCAAUGGACCACAGGAAUGCAAUGGAGACGUGCUGGAGGACGUAGAUCCCUCUUCUCCUGAGCUGGAGGUAUGCGAGCUGGUAGAGGAGCAGGCACAGGCAGGCCUGUCUGUAUCCAAUACCGGUUGUGGAGGAUUGGAACUGAGUCUGACCACUGGACGUUUAGCCCCAACACCAGGCACUGUGUGCUCACUCAGGGAUGGGGAUUCAAGUAGCAGGGAAGUGGAGGAGGGGGAGGUGUUGCUCCUCAGUGUGGAAGAGGUGUUACAGACAUUGGAUCCCCUUCAACCUGGUCGAGACUCUCUUCAUACACAGCCGGUUAGGACACAUACUCACACACACACAGCUACGGACAGAGCACACACUCAGAUGUACAUACAGCUGGAUGCAGCUCACAACUACACACAGAUUCAAACAGGCAGGACUAAUACAGUGGCAGGCCAUGGUGCUCACACACAUACAUCUUCCUUUGACCCUCCUUCAGCCUCCAAGCCCCCACCAGUCCGCCUUAACCGUAAACGAUCUCAUUCAGAGAGUGACAGGGAAAAAGUGAAACCUCUCCCGAUUGCUUCUAUCCUGCAGGGCUCUUCCUCAAACUCACACACUCCUAAUCCCUCUCACACACUGCACACACAGCCACCCACGCCUUCCCUAACAGUACCAGCACACACAUACUCAUCGCUUCCCAACGGAGCACCUCCUAAGCCCAGUCGACCUGCGCCGAACCACAAUAAAGGUGCCAGGAAACAUCCGGAGCCAAGCCCUAAGAAGCCACAUGUCAAGGCUCGCACUGGUGGCGCUUCCAAGACAAAGGAAAGAAGCAAAGACCAGCGGUUGAUGGCAGGCUGCCUGGUACCUUCAGCACCUGCGAGGCCUCCAUAUAAGAAGCCAGUGGAGAAGAAGGGCUGUAAAUGUGGAAGAGCCACUCAGAAUCCAUCUGUGUUGACCUGCAGGGGACAGCGUUGUCCCUGUUAUUCAAACCGCAAGGCAUGCUUGGACUGCAUCUGUCGAGGUUGCCAGAACUCCUACAUGGCCAAUGGUGAGAAAAAGCUCGAGGCCUUUGCAGUGCCAGAGAAGGCCUUAGAACAGACGCGGCUUACGCUUGGUAUCAACCUCACCAGCAUCACAGCAGCCGCCGCCCUCCGCAACCCGGCAACCACCAGCAUCCGCGCAAACACCCUCCUCAACGUUGCCACCGCAACAGGGACCCCCGUUUCGACAGCUUUCCUGUCCCCCAGCCCCCCACAAGAGCCCAACUAUGAGGAGAGCCUCGAGUUGCUGAUCGGAUGAGAGGCUGGGACUCCAAAAAUAGACAGCAUGGUGCUGAUAGAAUGUGACAACUCAUCAUUGUCUGUCAGAAAACGUGUACCUACCCCAUUGAGGGGAAGGAAAUCUAAGGCAGCUAUGGGUCUGUCCUGUCCUGUAAUCUGCUUUCCUUCUGUGUCAGAAAAUGCUGAGUAGUACAACUAGCAUGGGUGUGCCAAAGCCUCCUGUAUUGUGCCUGUGUGCCAGUGUUUAUUGUUGCCUGUCUCUAGUUAACACUUAAACUCGGUUCUUAGGCUGUUCUGUACAUCACAGGUGCUUUUUUUUUCAUUCAUAGACCACAGACAUACUCUAAGAGGCAAUAGAAACUUAUCACAGGUUUUGUUUGUGUGUACACUCACAAGUAUUCGAGUAUCUGUGAAUCCCCCCUACCCCCCACAUUUGGUGCAACAACAACUACAUCAUCAUCAUAUCAAGGUUACAGCAUUUUUCAUGUUUGAGUAUUAGUCCUUAAGCUUUAGAAAUACAUAAUUUGUGUCAGGACAGCCCUUACUAAUCUUUAACCCUCUGUGUGUUCACACCAUAAUUGUGAAGGACUCUUGUGACUUAUAUAUGUAGAUCGUAUGUCUCACACAAGACUGUAUGCCUUUUCUAGCUCAUUAAUUCACUCAAUCCAAGUACUGUCGGAUGUUAACGAAUUUGUCUUAAUGAACUUGACUGAUGCAGGCAUUGUACAGGCAGCAAGAUAAUAUCAAAGCACUUGGCUGGUUCCACAGUUUGUGAGUGUGUGUGUAAGUGUUUGUGUGUAUGUGCCUGGUGAGAUUUACUGUAAUGUCAGUGGGAAGGCGGUUGUUGGGUUGUGAGCACUUAGUCUGAUUGAUUGGCCAAAUUACAACUAAAACCGUUCUUAGCAUAGCAAUAGGAGCACCAACACGGAGGCUCUCAGCUCCAGUGCACGCAUACACAGUUGUUUACAGUAUUGCCAUUUUAGACUUCAGCUGACUGUUUUCAAAAACAGUUAUUCUGUUAUGCUUUGGUUAUGGGAUUGUACAUGACUCUGUGUGUGUAUAGAUAAACCGAAGCCAUAGGUCGUCAUUUACAAGAUAAAAUAUGCUCUGUCCAUGGAUUUUUUUCCCCCACACUUGUAGUGUUCAGACUGAUCGGAGACCAACUCAGAGACUAUUUUUGAUACCAAGCGUUUAAGAUUUGGUACCACUGUCUUUCCUUUUGGUUAAAUCACAAUGAAGCCCUCCCAUAACUCAACAUGCUGUGUUGUCCGCAUUUGUGUUUACUGUCUCGGCUGUAACUACAAUAUGUUUGUUAGUCCAGUCCAGUGACCAAAAAAAGACUGAAGACCACCCACACACCUUGGUGGUUCUUUAUUGGCAAGAAAUUAGAAGGUGAAUUAUAAUAUGACUUAUCUUCCUCUCUCUCUGUGUGUGUGUGUGUGUGUGUGUGUGUGUGUGUGUGUGUGUGUGUGUGUGUGUGUGUGUGUGUGUGUGUGUGUGUGUGUCAAAAUGUAUUUCUUUUGGGCAUUACUUGAACCCUGAUUAAGUUUUUGUUUUUGGUAUUGAUUUUUUUUUUUAAGUGUAAAAACUCUUGUUUGGGAGUGAUUAUUAUUGCUGAAACAUUCACUGCCAUAUUAUGGAAACAUGUACUACAACAUGAAUUAAACGAUAGUUUUUUACUUUUUCAGUAUUGUGUCUUAA